UCAGGUGCUGUACUACCUCGGUCUUAAUUGAUCACCUUUUCCAAACAGAAUACACCCCUGUCUCCAGUUAUACGGAUUAUUAUCGAUUUGUUUUGUUUUUGUUUGUUUGUUUGCUUUUAAUAUGGACAUUUUCUUCUUACACUAUGGGCAUCGGUAAAUGUGUUCGUGAGGAUCCAGAUGAUUUCAUUGGCGGUUUUUAGUGAGACCUUAAAUAGAGUCAGCCUUUCCCGGGCUCAUUUUUGCAGUUUCCCACACAAACUUACCUGCACUAACUUGAAAGUCCAGUUUCUCUAGCAAUCCUAGAAAACAGCAGGGACGUGAAGCAACAUGGACCUGGACAGCAAAAGGCUGGUGGUGGUGGUACCAAACGAAGUGUCGGUGGCCCACCGCAAACCGCUCAACAGUGAGGAUGAGGCAUGGAAAACCUUCCUGGAGAACCCACUGACAGCUGCCUCAAAGGCCAUGAUGAACAUCAAUGGAGAUGAGGACAAUCCAGCAGCUCUAGCGGCAUGGAAAAUCUUCCUGGAGAACCCACUGACAGCUGCCUCAAAGGCCAUGACGAACAUCAAUGGAGAUGAGGACAGUCCAGCAGCUCUAGGGGUGCUGUAUGACUACUAUAAGGUUCCCAGAGAGAAGAGGUAUACACCCAGUGCCAUUAAGCCCACAGAGCCUUCUGCUCACGGGCACAGCAACUGCGGAAAGUUGGACAUGGUGGGUCACCAGCUUCAAGCUAUGGUGUCACUGCCUGUUAACCUCUCUUUAAACAACAGCACAACCACUGAGCACCAGCAGGGCUACAAAUAUGGAGCUGAGAGCCACGCAGGAGAUUCUAGAGAAGGAGAUGGUAAAGGUGGAGAGAACGGACCUCUUGCUCUGGUCAAGACAGAAAGCCAGGCCCCCAUGCCGCUUUCAUUUUCUGGUGGCACCUGCCAAAAAGAGCCUAGAGACCAAAUAAGGAGGCUGUAUGAGCAAAGCUAUGAUAUGUCCCUCACCGGAUAUUUGAAAGACGAACAGAGGAGCAGUCUGGACGGCACGUAUGAGGAGCCAGUGGAAAAAGAGAUGUACCACAAAAAUUCUUCCUCGGGAGUCGAUGAAUUUCACCACAGUCUACCAGCUGACAGCUUCCGGUACAACAUGGAGGCCACGUUAUCUCUCCGGCCACGCCAAGGAGAAGGACCCAUGGCCUACUUGAACCGCGGCCAGUUCUACCCUUUGACGCUCUCUGCGGCCGGCUUCAGAUCAUCCCUGCGUCAGCCCAGAGGCAAAGUCGGAGUGACAUCAACCCAUGGAGCUGAUAGGAGUCUAUCCAGGAGUGAUCAGUGCACCGUGGGAGGCUCUGAGCUGCCACAGAACAGUAUUGUACAGAGUGUCAUCAUGGUUGUCUUUGGGGAAGACAAGGUCAGAGAUGAGCAGCUGAAGAAUUGGAAAUACUGGCACUCACGGCAGCACACUGCCAAGCAGAGAGUGCUGGACAUCGCUGACUACAAGGAGAGCUUCAACAUCGGGAACGUGGAGGAAAUUGCCUACAAUGCUGUGUCUUUCACAUGGGAUGUCAAUGAGCUGGAGAAGGUCUUUAUCUCUGUGAACUGCCUGAGCACAGACUUCUCCUCUCAGAAGGGUGUGAAGGGGAUGCCUAUGAUUAUUCAGAUCGACACGUACAGCUACAACAACGGCUGUGGCAGCAGGCCAAUCCACAGAGCCUAUACUCAGAUUAAGGUCUUCUGUGACAAGGGUGCUGAGAGGAAGCUUCGCGACGAGGAAAAAAAGCAGCUCAGGAAGAGUAUGAAAGGGAAAAAUGGCAGCUCGGGGUUGACCACUCCGAUAAAGAGGGCUGAAAGUGCGCUGUUCAAAAGCAUUGGAGACCUGGACUCCCAGCCCGUUCUCUUCAUUCCAGACGUCCACUUUGGAAACCUGCAGAGAGCAGGGCAGGUGUUUGCUUUUAACACUGAAGAAGUUGAUCGAAAUGGAGGUGUUUUAAUGAAGAGGGUUUCAUGUGUUGGCCAGGAAGACCUCUGUCCACCUGCACCAAAGAAGUCCAGAGUGGAACCAGAAAGAAAAGUUCUACUAUAUGUGAGGAAGGAGGGUGAUGAAGUGUUUGAUGCUCUGAUGCUGCGCAGCCCAACCCUCAAAGCUCUGAUGGAGGCUAUCUCUGAGAAAUAUGCGGUGCCUGUUGAAAAGAUAGCCAAGGUUUACCAAAAAAGCAAAAAAGGGCUCCUGGUGAACAUGGAUGACAACAUCAUCCAGCAAUACUCCAAUGAGGACACCUUCAUCCUGGCUAUCGAGAGCUCAGCAGACUCCUGGCGUGUGACUCUGUCGGAGAUCUGAUGGCUACUAACCCCUGCACUGUCAUACUCAUUAUGCUCCAGACGGAGGUCGAUCAGUGCCUGGUGACUCUUUAUCCAUUUCAUGUGCAGACUCAUGAACGCUGUUGUCAGUGUCGUAUGCUGGAGCCAAACUGUUGUUUGUCACACGGGAGUCUCUGUAGGCUUUCCUUUCCUGCAUGGAUCAUUUUGAACAUUGGCCCUUGGCUCUGGGGACACAGGCUCAGCAAAUGUUGAAAACUUGUGGAUUUGUUUUUAGGUUAGGAAAAAUCUUUUGAUCUUUCCUAGCAACCUUACCAGCUGGCAGGAAUGAAGUUGUGAACCCUUUUUGCCCAGCUGUCACUAAAAGAACAGGAUUCAUCCCGGUCAAAGACAGCAGCAGCUCUCUGUGGUGUCAGGAAGAAGACGUCAUAACAGAUUAACAGCACAGAGCACUGCUCCGGGCUUCUCCUGCACCUUCUGUUAUCCUCCCUGUACUUCCUCCUGUGAUCGAAACUUUGAAAUGACGUGACGGGCAUUUGAAAAGCCUUUGCAACACCUUUGGGUGGCGUGGCACUGCUCUUUGCUCGCUACGUUCCUAAUCAAUUUUAGACAUGUCUCGACUUUAAUCUGAAGUGAUGGUACUUUAACUCUUAUUAGCAUCCAUUAUGUUAUUAUUUUUUUGAUUGGUUAUAUUUUUACUGCAUGCUAAAUGUUUCCUGUUGGUGCCAGUGAAAAAAAUAACAGUUAUUUAUCCCAGAUUGUGACUACAUGCCACUGUCCUGGGAUCUAUAAUUAGAUUGAGGCACCGUUAUAGAACAGGACUUCUGGUCUAAAUUGCUCUUGUUAAAUUGUUCUGCUUCGUGUGUGUGUGUGUGUGUGUGUGUGUGUGUGUGUGUGUGUGUGUGUUAAUUGCUUUUCCUCUCACUAAAGAGACUGUAGUCAUUAGUAUUUAUGACAUUCGUUAGGGACUCGCAGGGCCCGGCCGCUCUAUCCGUUCAGUCCUUUGAGGCUGCAGCAGCCGAUCAGAGCACAGCAGCGGAGCGAUCCUGCUCCAGCUCGGUGCGUCUGCCUGUAUCCUUCAUGUACUUCACAUGCAGUGAAGUACAGUUUUUACGAUGUGCAAAUAAAAAAAUAGUUUUCUA